UUUUAAAAAAAAAGGGAAAAAAUCAAUAUGAAAUUACUACAGUUGCCCUUUGAAUUACAAUUAUUGAUCUUGAAUCAUAUUAAAAAGGAUAACCAUCUAGAUUUAGCACCAUUAGCACACACAUGUAUGUAUUAUUUUACGAUGGUAGCCGAUAGAUUCAAUUGGACCAAUACCGUAACUAUUUUGCAACCAUCGAUGGUACAUUCUUCAUCGCUAAAUUAUUUGAUGAAUGCAAGAUCCAUAACACUAAUCACUAAAAGACUUCAAGCAGUUAGUGAUAUCAGUACUUUUCCAUUAAUUCUAAACAUUCUUGAGAAACAGCAGUCAAGCAAUAACUUGCAAGAUAUUCAAAUGUUAGUUCCUACUAAGGCUCAUCACAAGAUAUAUCAAACGUUGACAAAUUUCCCGCAAACUAAGCUAAAACAGCUUACAGUUCGUGACCCAACAGAUGGUGGAUACAUCAUGUCUCCGAUAAAGUAUCACCUGCUACUAUCACAAUUUAUAACAACUACUCUAUCCAAAUCCCAAUCAACACUUGACCAACUCGACCUAUCAUCAUUCCCCUCAAACAUUCUAGUAUCACAAUACAAUAAUUAUCAGUUUCCAUUGGUCAAAUCAUUAAAAAUCGCACUUGUGGGAUGUCAAGAUCAACAUCAUUUUCAUCAUUACUGGAGACAAUUUAAAUCAACGUUUCCUAACCUCCAAGAUCUCACCCUCACAGUAACCAAACAACAUGUAUCCUUAUUUAAAUUUUUGUUGCAAGACAUUUCAUUAUUUCCUUGGAUUAAAAGAUUAUCUGUAUCUAGUAGAGAAACACCAAAGGAAUAUCUGUCUCGAGAGGAAUUAAGAUCCAGUAUGUCUGGAUUGAACGGAUUAUACAGAAUCACAGCAGGUUGGGAUAUGAUUGAUUUGAGCUAAUACAUUACAAAACAUAAUGUAAAAGAUAAAAAAAAAGUACCGUAUAGCCUCUCCCUUCCCUUCUUACAACUAUUAUGCCCUCUCCUUACUCAUCUCCUAAUAUAUCAUC